AUGGCGGCUCCACACCAGCUCAUCGCGGCGGGCUUGGCCGAGGGCGACUUCCUGGCUGUCCGAUACAGAGUGGGUGGCCGGCGCCUGUGGCACCGCCGCCUGGUAGUGGCGCUCGUGCCCGGCGGGACCACCGUUGCGGGCAUCAUGACUCCCGACCUCGAUGAGUACGGCGAGGACGUGGCCGACCAGGCGAAUAUCGCAGAGUGGACGAUGCUCCCGCUUGGCACGAUCGGGCCUGCUGCUCCGGCUAUGGGUAACGACGACGUCUACGACUUCAGGCACAUCCCGUUGCAGGCCGCGGUGGAUGCAGCUCGAACCGCAGCAUACGCGAGAAGGGGGGCUGUGCCGGUCGGGCCCAUCGUGGUCAACCUCGCCGGGCGCGUGGGGGCCGGCGGUCCUGUGGGCGCAGCACCCCCUGCGGCUGGCGGCGCGGCGGCUGCGGCGGCUGGGGGCCCUGGCGGCGGCGGCGGCCUCGCGGGGCUGGUGGCGGCCCUUGGCGGCCCGGCGGGCGGCCCGGCCGUUGCGGCGGCCGCCCCAGCGGCCCUGGUGCCCGUGGCAGCGCCCGCCGCCCCUGCCGCCGGUGCGGGCGCCCCGCCAGCCGGGCCUGGGGCCGCGGCGGCCAUCCUUGGCGCGCCCGUCGCGCCCGCCGCCCUGGCAGCGCCCGGCGCGCCCGCGGCCGCGGCUGCAGCUCCCGCGGCGGGCGCCCCGGCGGCCCCGGCUGUGGCUGGACCUGGCGGCGACGCCCGGAUCUUCGGCGUGGUGGUCGAUGCGCGCGGGGUCCGUCAUGUGGACUUCCGCACCGCAGUCACCCGGAUGACCGAGCUCCCCUGGCCAGACUGGCCCGUGCGAGGGCCGCGCACGUUGCGGUGGGUGGCAGAGUUCAUGGCGCAGCGGAGCGGCACGCCGACGGCGCAUCAUCAGAGGUGGCUGGCGGAGACGGGCCUUGACCCCGCCGAUCCAGGAGUGGAGAUCCACCAGACGGGCUGCGUCGUCCUCGAGACGGCCAUUACCUACGACCAGGAACACGCCACGAACCUCGCCCACCUCGAGCUCGUCGCCCGCUCGAUCCAGGUGCAGGAAGAGAAGUACCGGUUUCUCGUUGAGCCCGACGAUGCCUCGGCUGCUGACAGGUCGGCCAAGAUGGGGACGUCGCAGCUCGCGGGCUCUGUGUGUGUCUGCCCCGCCCUUCGCGACUAUCUCGCAUCGGAGUUGCAGAAAGAGAUGGCAGUUGCGAAGGAGCGGAGGAAGGCUCCGGUGCCGCAGGCGGCGAUGCCUAGCUUGCCGGAGGGCGGUCGGCUUGGCCCGCCGCCGCCCUCGCUCCUCCAGGCCUCCGCGGGCGCCAACAGCGCUGCCCGCACUUCGGGCGAGGCCGGGCCCCCUUCGCGUGAAGACGGUCGCCAGCGCAACCUCUUCCCGCUGCCGCAGCUCACAGCAGCCGACGCGGCGCCUGGCCUCUUUCGCACCCGGCGGCGCGCUCGGGCGGGCCACGCCCUCGGGCACGCGCUCGACCGGCCGGACGAGUACCGCGACGACGUGUCCGACCCCAGCGGGGCCCUCCGGGAGCUCCUUGCUGGGUCCGCGCUGUGCCCUGACGGCAGCGGGCCCACCACUCCCUACGUGCCAGACCUCGUCUCUUGGCCCAAUGUGUCCCAGCCCCCAGCGCCGCUCCUUGGGCUGCUUGGAGAGCGGGACGCCGCCGCGCUGCAGCUCUCUGACGACCCAUCCUCGGUCGUGGGCGCCGGCUACGUGGACAACUACUUCGUCCUUGGCGGCUCCCCAAAGCACGUGAGCGAGCAGCUGCAGGCUAUCACCGACGACCUCCAACGGCAUGGGCUCGCAGUUCAUGACGUCGAGGAGCCCUCCCAGGACUGCGACUUCCUGGGGCUGUCGCUGCGCGAGGGGCGCUGGCUCAGCCUUCGGACUCGCGACAUCUGGCGCCUCCGCGCGGCCAUCCGCGGCGCCCUGCGCCGCCAGCUGAUCAGCGGGUUCCUGUUGCGGGUGCUCACCGGCCACAUCACGUGGGCCCUUCUGCUUCGACGAGAGAUGCUGUGCGUGCUGGGGGCGACCUACGCAUUCAUUCAGGACCUCGUGGGCGCCGCAGGCCGAGUUGCUGAAAAGUGGAGGUAUAAAGUCGAGGGAGGAGCGCAGGCGAGAGCUCGCACUGUAGGAGUGUCGGAGGAGACUGACGCCGCCGCCGCCGACCUCGGCUACCCCCCCUCGUUCGACAGCUCGGACAACGCGAACGUCGGUCCCGGGGGGAAGGGGGCGCAGGACGAGCUGGGGCGUUCGGUGCUCGAUCCUCGCCCGCCCGUCGACUUCGAGGAGGUCCCCGCGCACUUCAUUCGGGAGUCGGCCUGGGGCUCGGUCGCCGCGGUCUUCGUCGACGGUCAGGCCGACAUCUUGGCCUUGGAGGGGGGGGCUCUCGUUCUUGGGUAUCGCCAUCUGCUACGGUCCACGUCUUCGUUCGGGUCCCGGUUCCUCGUCCUCUCCGACAACCUGCCCUUGGUCCUGUCGGUCGGGAAGGGCCGGGCUCGCAGCAGGCACCUCCAGAGCACCCUUCGCAAGAUCUGCGCGCUCUCCGUGGCCACUGGCUCAACCCUGUCUGUCAGGUGGAUCCCGUCGGAGGCGAAUCCCGCCGACGGGCACAGUCGCGGGCGCGUUGGCUGGUUCUCCGGCAGUCGGCCGGCGCCGGCACUGCCGGGCGUGGGGCUGCUGGAUCACGCGGCUGCACUGGAGCUUGCAGCUGCUGCGGCGCCGGUCCUGGGGCUCUCGUUGCUGGAGCGGCUGGCGGUGCGGCCCUCGACAGAGAAGCUCUACCGGGGGGCGCUGUCGGCCUUCGCGAGCUUCUGCGCAAGGCACCGCCUGGACUGGACGGACCAUGCCAGCCUCGACUCGGUCCUCGUGCAGUACAUGGACAGCGAGUUCCUCCUCGGCGGCGGCGGGAACAUGGGGAACGUGCUCCUGGCGGCGGUCGCCCACUUUCUCGGCUCGCUCCACAAGCGAGCGGCGACGCAGCUGCCGAGGGCGCACCGCGCGGCUGCAGCCUGGGCCCGGCGGGCGCCGGGCCGCACGCGCCUCCCGCUGCCGCGGCGAGUCGCGUUUGCCAUCGCGGGCGUCCUCCUGCGCGACGAGCACUCCCGGCUCGCCAUCUGCAUCCUCGUCAUGUUUGCGUGCUACCUCAGGCCCGGGGAGGCGGCGAAGCUGCGCGGGCGCCACUUGAUAGCGCCUUCUGCCUCCGCGGGGACGCUCUACCAGUACUUCGGGCUGCUCCUGCACGAGAGCGGCAAGGACCCAGGCAAGACGGGCGUGAACGACGAGAGCAUCCUCUUUGACCGCGAGGGCUGGCUCGCCCCCCUGCUGGCGGCCUUGAAGCUCAGCACCCUGCCCGACCAGCCGUUGUGGGGGGAGACGAUCGCGCAGCUGCCGAAGCUCUUCGACAGCGCCUGCCGGGAGCUGUCGCUGGAACGCCUCCGACCACACUUAUACAGCUUGCGUCGCGGCGGGGCCUCGGACGACAUGCUGUCGCAACGGAGGUCUCUGCCAGAGAUCCAGAGGCGCGGACGAUGGCGGUCCGCGAAGAGUCUCAACCGCAAGGAGACAAAGCUGCUGGACGAGCUCGCCUGGAUCCCUCCGGCUGCCCUGGAGCUCGGGGCUUUCGUCGAGGACAAUUUGAUGGCGCUCGUCGAGGGCUCCCUCCCCGCGCUGCUGGCGACUGGCCGCGUGCCGGCCGGGGCCGCCGGCCUGCUCGGGCGCCGGCUGCGUCGUCGGCCCGUGCUGGAGCUGUUCUGCGGCGCCGGCACGAUAGCUCGUGCGAUGGUGGCGCUGGGCUUCGCCGCCUUCGGGCUCGACUGGAGCCGCAGCCCGCUGGAGGACCACGUUGCGGCGACAUUCCAGACCGUCGUCCUUGGCUGGAUCCAGUCCCGAGCGGUGGGCGCCGUUUGGCUCGGCACGCCGUGCGCGAGCUGGACGAGGGCGCUCCGGCGGCCGCUGAGGUCCGCGCUCCACCCGCUCGGUCUUCCUGAUCUGAAUGCCCAUGAGCAGGCCAGGGUAGGCAGCGUACUGACAGCCGUGCAGUCGCACGACGAGUCCUGGGAGCAUGCCAGCGGAGAGCUGAA